AUGGCUUUCCCAAGAUUUGCCUUUACUCAGCCGUCGAAUCCACGACUACCACCAAAUCAUUGCUUGUACGUUUGUGGAAUUGAAUCUAGUGUUCUUGAGGCAUUUGAAUAUGAAGUCUGUAAAAUUAUAAAUCGAGCCCAAAUUAUAUUUUAUCACUAUAUUGGCAUUGGAAAAGAAAAUUGGCGAUUUGCACAAAUACUGGUAGAAGAAAGAAACCAAGUCAUCCAGUUGAACAUAAAUUUGAGAGGAAUCAAAGUUGGAAAAAGCAAGUUAGGUUUAACUGUUUAUUUACCGCCAGAAUUGCCCCUAAAUAUCAGAAAUGGCAUGGAAAAGAUAGUUUAUGAUCAAAUGAAAGCCUUAGGAUUGCGUAGAUCUGGUUGUAUGUAUGAUACGGAAACACAAAAUAGAAUAAAUGAAGUCAAAGAAGCCAAAAAAGCUUUUUCAGACGAUGAAUUAAAAGAGUUGACCGAAUUAAGAACGCUUGUCAGAGUCAUUAAUAUACCAGAGGCAAUAGCACAAAUAGAAUUAAUGCACAUCUUUAGCCAAGUUGGAAGAGUAGAUGAUCUCAUUAGGGCAAGAUCCGGCGAAGUAAUCGUAGUGUACCGACGGCAAUGGGGUGCCGUUAUGGCCAUGUUGUGUCUGAAUAAGUAUAAUAUUAUCAAGGGCAAACGAAUAACAUUAGAAAUACAUGAGAAGCCUAAUAUUGUAACUUUGAUCAAUAAAGUUAUUUGCAGCGUGCAACAAAAACUUAAAAGUAAUCGUCGAGACCAAUGGCUCUUAGCGACUAAAACACGUCGUUGGACUCGAGAUUCUUCGUUAUCCUCUAUUCAAUCUGGUGAUCUUAGAAAGGAUAAAUCCACGGAUUUCGUAAAUAAGUCGAAUGUCUUCCAAGUUUCUGGCGAUAACAAUAACACUGAAAAUACUGAGAAAUCUAAAGAUUGCAAUUCAAAAACACAAGAAAACAGUCAAGAUGAUAAAUUAACUACCAUGAAGGUAAAGCCUCAAAGUGCUGAAGAAUAUAGGGAAGCUAAUAGCCAAUUUCCAGUUGUAUCUCCAACGGAUAAUAUAGACUCAAGAAUUUCUGAUCCAAUCAAAUCAGAAUCAAUGAACAAAGGAUUAAGGGUUAAACUAGAAAUCGAGUUAUCUACUGCGGCUCAUUUUCUCAUUCAAGAGACUAAGUUAGAAGAAUCGUUGCAGCAAUAUGGUUACGAUGUCUAUUUCCAAUAUAUCCACAUUGAAGGAAAUUUUCGAUUAAUCGUUCACAUGCCCUCUAAAGAUCAAGGGUAUAUUGGGAAAAUGUUAUCCAGUUAUACUAACUGCAUUAUUAGCAAUAGCAGUCAAAAUCUGCCUCAUCCUUUAUCCACUUUUAUUGCUCGUCAUGAUGAGAAGCAGGUACUAACUAAUAAGCAUCUGCGAUUUAAUGGUAUCAAAGCUGGAAUUAUGCGUCAUGGUGAUAGUCUAUCGGUAUCUGUUGUUGCCUUAGACGCAAAAGCCCAUCAUCUAGCUAUUUCUUUAUUGAGAGAAAUGUUUUGCUGCCAGUCGACCACAGUCAAUGUUGAUGGCCUAUUCGUUAGAUCCGAUUUUCAUAUAUUUAUGCAUGGAUUAAGAAAUCAUUUAGCUGGAAACUAUGAUAUUUAUCUGGAAAGCGUAUACAGUAAUAAUUUUGAUUCAUGUAAGAUUCUCGUCGCUGGAAAACGAGCUGAUGUUUCUAACGCAACCCACAUUAUUCAGAACCAUUUAGAUAAAUAUAAAGUCGUUGAAUACGUAAUACCUCAUGUUCACUUAAUAAAUGCAAUAAAUCAGCAAUUGUAUUGGCGAGAAGAUCUCCAAUUACUAGAAAAAGCGUACGGUUGCAAUAUUCAAAUUGAGAAGACCACUAAUAAGGAAGCGAAUAUUUUAAUUAAAUGUAGUCAAGUUUAUGCAACAAAUAUUUAUCAAAAGAUGGAAGAACUUAUUCAAAGAAGUUCAGAGGUAGAAAUAAGUGAAGUUUUGAAUAAAAAAAUAACAUUAAAAAAUAUUUCUGGUCGCAAUUUCGAAAUGGAUCGUACACAAGACAAACAUGAAAAUUUAAUUACCGCAUUACCCAACGAAUGUGAACGAAAACUCUGUAUAGCUACUGCUUCAUACAAUAUCAAGGAAUCAAUUAACCAGAAUCGAGCUAAUGAAGGAGGUAGCGAAACGAAGUUUGAAAGUGAAAUAGGUCAAAACAUGGUUGAUGGCAAAGUUAACCUGGAUACUUUACAAGAUGAAAAAGAAAGUACCUUCAUUCUAACAUGCGAUGAUUGUAACAAGAUCACUUAUUGUCAGGAGGGUACAAAUUCUAAAACAACCGAAAAUCCUUCUCAAGUUAAUCCUGCAGUACAUGUUUCUUCUCUAUCAUCGGCUACUAAUGACCAUGAUAAAAUCUCAAAAAUUAUUAAAUUAGUAAAAGGAAAGGUUGAAAAAGAGGGUAUUGAAGCACAAGCUAUCGUUAACUACGUAAAACUGGAAAAGCACCAUAAAGGAGAAAUUGGAAAGGCAUUACAUCGCCUUGGUGGAUUCCAGUAUCAGCUUGAUUACUACCAAAAUUUGCAACGUCUGACUGUGGAUGAAAUUGGAAUUACUAAAGGAACUUACUUUGGCUGCAAGAAGGUUUAUCAUAUUCGGUUUUUAAGCUCCAAUCAGCCAAUAUCGUGGCUCAUUGAUCGAAUCAAAAAAUGCCUUGAGAAAGCCCAUUCAGAUUCGAUAAACUCGAUAGCAAUCCCCAUGUAUGGUAGUCCUGAAUUUAGUACUAAUAUUGACGAAUUAUCUCAAGAAAUGGUCAAGGGACUCCUACUGGAAAAAUUUGAAUUGCAAAAAAUCAAAAGUUAA